UGUGUGUGUGUGUGUGUGCACACGCAGUCAGGAAGAGCCACAGAGAAUCAGACACAAACAGCCAGCAGCAGCGAUGAAUGGAGCCUGACCCACAAGCGGCUGGAUAUUGACGAUAAACGUAUCUCGGAAGUGUCUUGGGGUUUUUCUGUUGAAAUGUUUCGUUAGUAGCUCAAGGGGAGUUCAAGAUUGUGCUCAGAGGUGCCACAGAAACCAGACUCGCUCAGACAGUAACAGACCAGAUACACCUGAGCAGACAGGUGGCCGCCCCACCCUCCACACACCAGGCUGGACUCCAAAUCAUAUAUUAGGAGGAUUUAAGCUGGCGUGUGUGCGAGAUUGUCACGUUGAACACAAGCAGCACAAACGCAGACACAACCAGCUCCUUAUAUAACUGAGGAAGCACUCCUGCAUCAGAAGUGUCAUCCGUCCUCACUCUUUAACAUUCUGGUGGUUCGACCCGCUCUUGUCCUGCCUGACCGGUGGUGGUGUUGGUCAGACAGCGGGCAGUGCCAUGCCCCAGGCGUAAGUGCGUGUCUCCUGGCAGACUCAGGCGUGGUGGGCCGCCGGUGGGCGUCCGGCUGCGGGAGGUGAUGAAGCUGAAGCAGCGUGUAGUGGUGCUGUGCGCUGUGCUUUUUCUCCUCGGCCUGGCCAAGGUUUUCUUGCUGGAUGGAGGGGAGGGAUCGGCCGCCAGCCGCCGUGACCUGCGGGCCUUCCGCAAGAUGGAGGCCAGCCUGGCCCUGGCCAAGGGAGCUCGCCUCACGCACACCCUGCAGUCACCCUGGGAAGUGGCCGCCCAGUGGGUGGGUCCACGGGAGGUGUACCCGGACGAAACGCCCGAGCUAGCCGCCGUGCUGAAUGCCCUGGCCACCGCUCGCGUGGAGAGGGCCGAUGUGGGCUAUAAAGGCACCCAGCUGAAAGCCCUACUGGUGCUCGACGGAGGACAGAAAGUGGUAUUCAAACCCAAGAGGUACACUAGAGAUUAUGUGGUUGAAGGAGAGCCAUACGCAGGGUACGAUCGGCAUAAUGCAGAAAUUGCUGCUUUCCACUUGGACAGGAUCCUAGGUUUUAGAAGAGCGCCCCUGGUGGUGGGGAGGUUUAUGAAUCUACGUACUGAGAUUAAGCCAGUAGCUACAGAUCAACUGCUGAGCACUUUCCUGAUGCACGGAAAUAAUACAUGUUUCUAUGGGAAGUGUUAUUACUGCCGUGAGACUGAGCCUGCAUGUGCAGAGGGGGAUGUGAUGGAGGGAUCGGUUACCCUGUGGCUCCCUGACGUCUGGCCCUUACAGAAACACAGACACCCAUGGGGACGGACAUACCGAGAGGGCAAACUCGCCAGGUGGGAGUAUGAUGAGAGCUACUGCGAGGCUGUGAAGAAAAUGCCUCCUUACGAUGCCGGUCCACGGCUCCUGGAUGUUAUCGACACAGCCAUCUUUGAUUACCUUAUCGGCAAUGCAGAUCGCCAUCACUAUGAGAGUUUCCAAGACGAUGGAGGAGCCAGUAUGCUCAUCCUUCUGGACAACGCCAAAAGUUUUGGGAACCCAGCUCUGGACGAGAGGAGUAUUCUCGCCCCUCUUUAUCAGUGUUGCAUGGUCCGUGUUUCCACCUGGAACAGGCUAAACCUGCUAAAAGGUGGAGUGUUGAGUUCAGCGUUGCAACAGGCCACGGCCCACGAUCCUGCCUUUCCGGUGCUAACGGGGCCGCAUCUCACCGCGCUCGACCGCCGUCUCAAUGGAGUGCUGGGCACCGUGCGGCAGUGCAUGGAGACGCAGGGCGCCGACAACACGCUGAUCGAGGACCGCAUGAACCUGCCUCAUCCUUAAACACACUGGAGAAACAAGGGAAGUGAAGAUGUGUUUGACUCUUAAUGCUCAGGCUCCUUUCGCCUUCCUGCUAUGGAGCCAGAGAAGCGGAGGCCACAAGAAGCCCUAUGAGCCAACCUGAUGGAGUUUGUUUUUCACUGGAUACAUUCAAGUCAGACCACAGAAGCAAAGAAAACUCUCCAUACUGUUUUUUUCUUGCUCUCUGGAUGGAGUGAGGAGGCCUUGGCAACAUGUAGGUGGACUGCACUUCACCUGUUUUCUGUUAUUGUUUUUCUUUUAAGUUCACUGUCUUUUUUUCUUUUGCCAUCCAAGUCCGUUUACAGGAAGAUGGAUUAACAGUUUUUCAGCAUUACAUAUGUGGAACUUGAAAUUAAAUAUUUGGAGUAAUUAGACUCAGGAAGCCAGGAAGAUGGAUCCAGAACAUUAUUAACAGAACUUCGGGGAAGAUCUCCCACAUUGUAUAUACAGAACAAGCUUUUGAAUAAUACUGAGUAAUAAUAUUAUUGAUCUACAGAUAAAAUGAAUUAUGAUAGACUCACUGUGUUCUGUAUGCAGGAUGAACACAGUGUUGUACAGGGCUGGGCGGCUGUUGCUACUGAUGUUCAGAGAAGAUGGUGAAGACGACAGCAUUGUAAGAUUGCUGUGGGGCAUUUUCAACAUUAAAAAUUAAUAUUUAAACUUACAGAAGUUUGUGUGUAUGAAGCAUUUGUUCACCCUUUCUUAUUUAAAGACAACUAUACACAAAUGACAGAGACAGCAACCUGCGUUUUAGCAACAUGCUGUUGGCACAUUUUUGGUCUAGACUACACACAAAUACACUCAAAACCUGUUCAAAUGUGGGGCUUGGCCAGUAUUCAUGUAAACGGUUGAUUUUGUCUUAGUUGAACAGUUGGGAAAAAAUUGGAUAUGUAUUAGUAUAUUACAUGCGGGAAGUGACAGCAGUCUAAUAAACCUGCAGCUGUCUGUGUCAAUAAUGCCAAUCAAACAACAACAGAAAAAGAGAAAAAUCACUCGCUUACAUCACUUGCUCACCAAUGGAUCCUCUGCGGUGAAUGGGUGCCGUUGGAAUGAGAGUCCAAACAGCUGAUAAAUACAUCACAAUGAAAGUGAAAAUCUGUUUGUAACAAACAAAUCCAUCAUCAAGACAUUAACUAAAAAUAUAUAUGGGUCAUUCCGUGUCAAAUCAACCAAAUUUUAGACAUUUUCCCAGCUCAAAUUUUUGAUUUUGCUGAUUUUUUUUUUUUCUGAAGAAAGAUAAACAUGUAUAGUGAUGAUAGCCCAAAUAUUAAAUGUCAUGGAUGAAUAUUUACCAAGUAAUCCACUAUUUUGUAAAGGUGGGUCAAAAUGACCAAAUUACAGGGAGUUAAAAAUGGCUUUAGAAAAAUGACAGCAUCACAAUGUUAUUUUUGCCCAGAGAUUCCUAGGUAUGUUAAUAAAAUAUGUUGACUUUAGCAAUCUUUGUUGCAUAAUAUGCCAAUGGUGACCAUUAAAAGAUGGGGAAAGAGCACUUUUCAAGUUUUUUUUUUUCCUCCAAAGUUUGCCUGCCUGUAUCUCAAAAAGUAUUAAAGAUAUCUUAAGGCCCUUUCAGAUGUUGGGUCUUAACAAACUUCUCUUUUGGCAUCUUCAUUUUUAAGGCCCUAUAUGGUUCGGUUCCAGAGAUAAUGGAAUUUCAAAUUGUUAAAUUGUACACAUUUUCAGUUGUUAAAAACCAAAUGUGGGUCAUUUUGCCAAAGUAUGAUACUUUUCUUUUAAAGAGGGUUGUCUGAAGAAUGAAUAAUGUUGAAACUAGAAAUGUAUCUUGUUUCCUUCUGUCCAAACAACUCCAUUGAACACUUGUCCAAAGUGCCAUAAGUAUUCUUUUUCCAAAGUUUGCGUGCCUAUAACUCAAGAAAUAU